GUGGCGUUUUACGACGCGCACAAGGUGGCGGCGCUGAGCGGCGUGCUGUCGUCGGAGCUGGGGUUCAUGGACAAGGCCGUCACCGACAACGUCACGCGCGACCGCGGCCUCCGCUCCAUCUGCGAGGUGGUGUCGACACUGGCGAUCCUGUUCGUCAUCGCUCCAGACCUAGCGCCCGUGUUCUCGCUGCUGGCGGUGGGCAUCUCGCUCAUCGCGGGCAUCUACAAGCGCGGCACGCUGCCCGUGUUCGCGCGCAGCACCGCCACCCAGGCGCGCAUCACCGACUCCGCCACCGAGACCUUCCAAGCCAUCCGCACCGUGCGGUCGUUUGGAGGCGAGGCGCGGCAGCUGGGGCGGUUUGCAGGCCACGAGGCAGAUGCGCGGGAGACGGGCACGCGGCUGAGUGUGCUCAAGUCGACCAACGAGGCGCUGACACGUGGCUGUAUAUACAUCUCCCUCAUGUGUGUCUACAUCCUGGGCGGCCACAAAGUCCAAAUGGGCGUGAUGCCAGCGGGCACGGUGCUGGCGUUCGUGGGCUACACCUUCCUCCUCACCUUCGCUACGUGCGCUUUGCGUAUCCGCAGCGGGCGGCGGUGGAGGUGAUAAAGGGCAUCAAUCUCGUGCUGCCACGUGGCAGUGUCACAGCACUCGUGGGCGGCAGUGGCGCGGGCAAGUCCACGGUCGUGCAGCUGCUCUCCCAGUUCUAUGAGCCGGUAGCGGGCACGAUAUCACUGGCGGGCAUGGACAUCGCAUCGUUCGACCGCACACAGUGGACGCGCGCUAUUUCUCUCGUCAGCCAGGAGCCGGUGCUAUUCGCCAUGUCGGUGCGCGACAACAUAGCCUAUGGCCUCCCCGACGCUGACGUGUCAGAGGCUGACGUCAUCAGGGCUGCCAAGGCUGCGAACGCGCAUGAGUUCAUUGUGAAGCUGCCCCAGGGCUAUGACACGAUGGUGGGGGAGAGGGGCGGGCUGCUCAGUGGCGGGCAGAGGCAGCGCCUGGCAAUAGCGCGGGCCAUACUGAAGGAUGCGCCGAUUCUGAUUCUGGACGAGGCCACCAGCGCGCUUGACAGCGUGUCAGAGCGACUCAUGCAGCAGGCACUGGAGGGGCUCAUGCAGGGUCGCACAACGCUGGUGAUAGCGCAUCGGCUGAGCACAGUGCAGGCAGCAGAUCAGAUUGUGGUGAUGGCGGCUGGCAGGCUUGUAGAGAGGGGGACACACGCCCAGCUGGUGGCACAAGGGGGUGCUUAUGCCACACUGGUCAAUGCGCAGAACUUGACGUUCGAAUAA